AAUAAUAAUUAAAUGCCAACUUCUUGUUCACACUAAGACCAGACAUGGCUGAAAGUUAGGCCCUUAAAUGGCUUAAAAUAUAGGACCAUGGCUAAUAAUGUUAACCUGUUAAUUCAAUAAAACAAUUUUGCAACCAAAUAAAAGCCUUGCACGUUCCACAAUUGGGCCUCGGACCGGAUUUUGCUUCACAUACAGGAAACCGCUAACUUUGAAAUGCAUCUCCCAUCCGGCUUGUCAAUGAACAGCACCUCUAUAAAGUACGUCUGGACGAUUUUACCGUUCACUUGUCACCGGAAUGUUUGGCUCCGUUGCUUAGCGCACGGUGCUGCUUCAUAAAAGUUUCAGACACCGGACGACGACGAUGGGGGGGCAGGAGGGGGCGGUCAGAAAGAGGGGGCUGCCCUUUCCACCUCCAUUCACACCCUGAAAGGCUGAUGGCGCUGCGUCUUUCUCUCACGCAUCGAGCAGCUUUUCCUCUUUUCUCCGUGUCUCUUGUUCGAUGGGCUGGCCCUUGAAUGAGAACCCGUUCCAUGUUCCUGGAGGUUUGUUUGUAUUGUGAAGGCGACGAUUCAACGCAACUGGGUUGCACAUGGAAAACAUGUUCCUGCGACAGUGUUGAGCGCACGGUACCCCGCUGUGAUCGUUGGGAUACUUCUUUACUCACACUUGAUAUUUCCACAAGAAUCAGAUUUGCACCUUUGGCAAAUAGACGUCUAGGCUUUCGUGGACUGUCGCCCGGAUUUUUCACGACCCUAGGGAAGGUAUGGAAUUACUUUGUGGAAGACGAAUGAAAAGGGGCAACAAUGACUAAAACCCCCCCUCACUUGUUGAAGGAUACACUUUUAAACCAAACGCAGUGCCGUGGACCGGCCUGGAUGUUUAGGUCUUAUCUGCUGAUGCUCCUGCUCUGUGCGCUACCUGACCUUCCUCUGUGUGCAAGUGUGGCAGGAUCCAAGGUUGAACAUGAAGGACUUUGUCCCAACAAGCUGAACUCCAAUCUCUGGGUUGAUGCCCAAAGCACCUGUGAGAGAGAGUGCAGCGUUGACGAGGACUGUGCUGACUUUGAGAAAUGCUGCACCAACGUUUGUGGCCUCAACAGCUGUGUGGCUGCGCGUUUCUCUGAUGGCACUCCUGCCCAGCCAGAUGGACAGGGUGGAGGCGACAGUGACGACCCCCCCACCGCCAUAGCUACCUGUGAGGGCUUUAUCUGCAGCCAGCAGGGAGCAACAUGUGACAUUUGGGACGGGCAGCCCAUCUGCAAGUGUCAGGACCGCUGUGAGAAGGAGCCCAACUUCACCUGCGCCUCAGAUGGACUCACCUACUUCAACCGCUGCUACAUGGAUGCCGAGGCCUGCAUCCGCGGCGUCACGCUGACUGUGGUUGCCUGUCGUUUCUACCUGGCCGGGCCACACACCAGUCCUCUGCCGCAGGACACUACAGCCUACCCCACUCCGACAUCCUCCCAGGAGGAGCCCUUGCCUCCAACACUCUACUCAAACCCUCAGCACCAGUCCAUCUACGUCGGGGGCACCGUCAGCUUCCACUGUGAUGUCGUAGGAGUUCCGAAACCUGACAUAACCUGGGAGAAGCAGAGUGAACGCAGAGAACAUCUGGUCAUGAGACCUGAUCAGAUGUACGGCAAUGUGGUCAUAACUAACAUUGGGCAGCUUGUCAUUUACAACGCCCAGGUGUGGGACACGGGCGUCUACACCUGCAUCGCACGCAAUACUGCAGGAGUUCUGCAUGCAGAUUACCCGCUGUCUGUCAUCCGGCGGGCCAAUGACGACUUCUUUGAGGAUCCUGAGAUGCCCAUGGGGAGACCCUUCUCUCCAGCAGACUGCCUGGCUGAGUUGGACCACAGGGUGUGUAGUGCAGAGCGUCACGUAGACUGGUACUACGAUAUCAAGACGGGCACCUGCACGGCCUUCAGUAACGGUGGGUGUGACGACAGCCGUAACCGCUUUGAGACGUACGAGGAGUGCAAGGCCUCCUGUCAGAGAGAGGGAAUGGGAAUCUGCUCCCUUCCUCCCGUUCAAGGACCCUGUAAGUCUUGGGAGGCCCGUUGGGCCUGGAAUUCUGUCAUGAAAGAAUGCCAGGCUUUCGCUUACGGCGGCUGUCAUGGGAAUGCUAACAGCUUCCGCACCAAAAAGGAAUGCGACGCCAAUUGCCCCCAGCCUAAAAGGAAACCCUGUAAGACAUGUCGUCUUAAAGCUAAAAUGGUGGCCAGCUUAUGUCGCAGUGAUUUUGCCAUAGUGGGGCGGCUGACGGAGCUGGUGGAGGACCUGGACUCUGGGUUAGCCCGCUUCAGCCUGGAAGAGGUCCUGAGAGAUGAGAAGAUGGGACUGACGUUCUUCAACACCAAACACCUGGAGGUGACCAUCGCUAAGAUCGACUGGACCUGUCCCUGCCCCAACAUCACCAUGGAGGAACACCCCCUGCUGGUGAUGGGUGUGGUUCACGAUGGCAUGGCCAUCAUUCAGUCAGACAGCUACGUCAGAGCCAUAACUGAGCGCAGACUCAGGAGGCUGCGUGACACUCUGGGAAAACGGCCCUGUGAAACACCGUAGCGUUUAUGGUCACCUUUAACCCUGGCACCAAAGCAGCUGAAUUUCAACACCUACAGGUGACUAUUAAAACUGCUGUUUUACUGCGACAUGAUGGUAAACGCGAGUGUGAAUGGAUGUUGGUCUACAUAAGUGACCCCUGUGAUAGAACUGUCCUGGGUUUAACCCCGCCCUCGGCCAAUAUCUGCUGGGACUGGCUCCAGCGCCACUCAUGACAUCCACCACUUAAAAGAUGUGUUAGAUACGUGUGUGUCAGUAGAGUUGAAGAAAAUACACGUUGAACUCAGUUGUUGUUGACUCUGAUUAAAAAAUUAUUUUAAGUUAUUUUUCUUUUUUUGUUUGGAUGUGUAGUAUAGACCUCAGUGGAAACUUGUCAUGUUUGGACUUUAUUUGAUUGUAUAUAGACUUCCCUGUAUGUUUUCAAUGCUCAGCCCAGCACCUCUGUCAACAAAGCUGUGCCUUUCUUCCUACAAACAAAUUCAAAGUAUUAAAAAGCAGGAGGCUGUCUGAAGUUCAAGUCAAAUACACAAGCAGCAUCUCUGUUAGUUUUGUUUAUUGGUUCAUUACACAGACUAACACUGGAGGUCAACUUCAUGAUUAAAUAUGUGCAUUAAAAUAACAUGGUGAGAUUUUUGGAAAUUUGGCAAGAAUCUGAGCAAAACUAAAACCAAACACCAGGUGUAAAAAUAUGCAGAGCCAAAGCUGCGAAAGUGAGGCUGUCAAAACAGGUACUUUUAAAUUAAAUUAAUAAACGGAA